AUGAUAACUCCACAAAGCGAGCGAGAUUUUGCUAUGUUAAUCGAAAAGGCAAAGAUCGCCGAGGAUGUGAAGCGCGCUGAGCGCCAGAAUCUUGAAAAGGAUAAGGGUAGAAACAAGAGGGUUUGGGAGCCCUCAAGUUCAGCUAUAGGGCCUAAGAAAAAGGCCAGGUUUAAUGGGCCAGUCAAAGUUGGGCCCCCUAUUGCUACUUUCGGGUCGCAACCUUCUGACUUGAUGGAACUUUCUUUUGAGGAAUUCGACAUAAUAUUGGGCAUGGACUGGCUGGUUAAGCAUCAGGCAAAUUUGGAUUGUGCUACAAAGCUACUGAGAACUAAAAAGGGUGAUGAGGUAAUUGUGAUUGGAGAACGUCGAAAUUAUCUGUCAAAUGUGAUUUCUGCACUUAGGGCUGAGAAGUUGGUGCUUAAGGGUUGUGAGGAGUAUUUAACCUACGUCAGUGCUUCGAGUUCUGAGAUUUCGUCUGUGAAAGAUAUCAGAAUAGUUAAGGAUUUUUCCAAUGUUUUUCACGAUGAGUUACCGGAGUUACCUCCUAACUAUGAAGUUGAGUUUGGGAUAGAGAUCUUUCCUGGUACAGCUCCGAUGUCUAUUGCCCUUUAUAAAAUGGCACCAAAGGAGCUUGAGGAGCUUAAAGCGCAGAUUCAAGAGUUACUGGAUCGAGGGUUCAUCCGCCCUAGUGUGUCCCUAUGGAGAGCACCGGUUUUAUUAGUGAAGAAACAGGAUGAAACCAUGCGGAUAGCUGAGGAGGAACAUGAUGCACAUCUUCAUGUUGUUCUACAGAUUUUGAGGGAGAAGCAGUUGUAUGUCAAAUUCAAGAAGUUCGAUGCACUGAGCCGUUGGACUGUUACUGAUUUGAGGGCGAUGUUUGCUCGUCUCAAUUUAUUAGACGAUGGUAGUUUACUGGCUAAACUUCAAGUUAAACCGAGGUGGAUUGAACAGAUUAAAGGUAAGCAGUUGGAGGAUGAGUCAUUAGGUUCUCAUUUUCGACAGAUUGAAAAUGGGAAAACUUUAGAUUUUGGGCUGAAUAGCGAAGGGGUACUUUAUUUCUAUGGGAGAGCUGUGCAUCAAAAGAUGCUGAUUUUAGGUAGUCUAUACUACAAGAAGCACAUAGUGGUCCUUGUUCUAUGCAUCCUGGUUAAGGUGGAUCAUCAGUUUCCUUCAGGGUUGCUUCAGCCAGUUGAGAUUCCGCUUUGGAAGUGGGAAAGAUUGCCUCUAGAGUUGGACCAAAUUCAUGACGUAUUCCACGUCUCUAUGUUGAGACGAUAUCACUCUGAUCUUACGCACAUCGUUUCGAUUGAGGAGAUUGAGGUUAGACCAGAUCUGGCCUUUGAGAAAAAAAUGGUCCAGAUCUUCGAUCGAGAUGUGAAAGUUCUGAGAAGAAAUUCGGUUCCACUAGUUAAGGUGCUAUGGCGUAAUCACACUUUUGAAGAAGCCACGUGGGAACCUGAGGAGGCGAUGCGACAAUAA